CGCUUCCACGCAACAAGCAGCAACCACACCAAAACCUGUCGAAGAGCUUCUCGCCUCUGCAAUCUCUCUCUCUCUCUCUCUAGCUCUCGCUCAGGCAGGGUUCCUCGUCGGCGCCGGCAGCCAUGAACGUGUUCAGAUUCGCCGGCGACAUGACCCACCUCAUCAGUAUCCUCGUCCUCCUCCUCAAGAUCUACGCCACCAAAUCGUGCUCCGGGGUGUCCCUGAAGACCCAGGAGCUCUACGCGGUGGUGUUUCUGGCGCGGUACCUGGAUCUGUUCACGGACUUCAUCUCGGUGUAUAAUACCCUGAUGAAGCUGGUGUUCAUCGGGAGCUCGCUCGCGAUCGUGUGGUGCAUGCGGGCGCAUCCCGUCGUGCGCCGUAGCUAUAACAAGGACCUCGACACCUUCCGCCACUAUUUUCUGGCGUUGGCCGUGUUCGUGCUGGCACUUCUCGUUCAUGAGAAGUUCACUUUUCAGGAGAUCUUCUGGGCGUUUUCAAUAUAUUUGGAGGCUGUUGCAAUUCUUCCCCAGUUAGUUUUACUACAACGAAGUGGGAAUGUUGACAAUCUAACAGGGCAAUAUGUCUUCUUUCUUGGGGCUUAUCGAGUUUUCUACAUCCUCAACUGGAUAUAUCGCUAUUUCACUGAGCAGCAUUUCAGUCGAUGGAUAGCCUGCAUCUCAGGGCUUGUUCAGAGCGCUCUUUAUGCGGAUUUCUUCUACUAUUACUUUAUCAGUUGGAAGAACAAUGCCAAGCUUCAGCUACCAGCUUGAGCCAAUAAUGAACGCUGUUGAAUGGUUGGAACUCCUUUUAGCAAAUCACUCCGCAUGUUGUCGUUGUCAUCAUCGCUGUGGAUCACAUGCUGAAUGACAAUGUUUGGGAAGGAAAAGGAAACUCGAAAAGUCGGCCCCAGAUGCUGAUGGCUUUCCCAUUUUGGGUGGAUGGAUGAAAAGAUUGUACGGGAGAGAUAUCCAUCGAUUCGGAUGUCGCCAGCCACGUCCACAUGCAUGAGGUGAAGGUUUGCAACUUUUCACACUUUCUUGUAAAGCUAUGAUCUGAUUUCACGUGCCCAUUGUUUAUAUCGAAAAGUUCUACCAGUAAUUUCGGUAUAAUGUAUCUACGGCCCCACCUUUUGGUCUGUAAAAAGAACCAUAGUAAUGAAAAGGAGAUGGAUGAAAGAGGGAAAUUUCUGCUAGGAUUUGGUGGGUUUCGUUUUGCAUGUGAAUGACCUUUCCUGAGAUUUUGCAAGCUUAAUGGAGUUUCUAAACCAA